AUGCAAUCUUUGAUAUUUGAUAGGGCUGUAAGGAAAAUAAGCCCUUUAGAAUUUGCAACUGCCGUUUGCGAGUCGUUUUACACUGGACUUCGACAAGCAGCAAGAACAGAUGUCUUCCCAAGCAACUGCCAUUCAAAUGCUGCGGUUAAUAGUUUAUCGUUGGAAAAAAGUGACUUCCAAUUCUUAUUAAGCUCAUGUGCGGACUCGUCAAUCAAAUUGUGGGAUUUGAAGUCUCAAGAUACUCAAGAGAAUACGCAAAACACAUCGCUUGCUAACCAAACUUAUGACAAUUAUGACUACGAUAAUCCCGUUUCAACAUUCACUAAUGUAGCGACAAUUCCAAGGAGAGCAGCGCAUACAUUUGGUGUUUCUUGUAUUCAGUGGUGGCCAUUUGAUACGGGAAUGUUUGUUUCAAGUUCAUUCGACCAUACUGUUAAAAUUUGGGAUACGAACGAAUUGACACCAGUUCAUGUAUUUGACAUGGAUAACAGGGUAUAUUCAUUUGAUAUAUGUGGCCACUCGACCAAUGAUAUGACUGCUAGUGCAUUGGUGGCUGUAGCUAGCGACCAGCCCUUUUUGAGGUUGCUUGAUUUGAGAUCGACGUCGAGUGCCCAUACUUUGCAUGGGCACAAAGGAAAGACCUUGUGUGUCAAAUGGCACCCACAGGAUCCUAAUUUGCUAGCUUCGGGUGGAUUUGAUGGUGAAGUAAAAAUAUGGGAUAUAAGAAGAAGCAAGAGUUGUUUGUGCAGACUUGACAUGCUCAGAACCAGCACAGCUGAACUGUCUCUUACGUACACUAACUUAACACAGCCAUCAGUGAAAGCCCACCUGGGUCCCGUAAAUGGAUUGGUGUGGGAUGAAGCAGGUCAUACCCUCUUCACGGCUGGAAAUGACGAUAAGGUUCGAGUAUGGGAUAUGGUUUCUACAUUGGCACCUCCUGUUAACAAACUUAUAAAUUUUGGCCCUUUGACUCGAAACAAAUAUCCACAGACCAUACCUCUCAUAUUGGGUCCCAAGCAUGAAUCCGAACUACAGUACCUAUUGUUUCCUUCUGAUAAUGGUGAUAUCUUUAUCUUCAGAACUAUAGAUGGUAAAUUAGUUUCGAGACUUACAAGAAAGGGUACAAAAAAUUCAGGUAGGACAUCGUCUAUGGUGAAUGCCGGUCCUUUUACUGCUACGUAUUACUGUGGUACGAUGGAUGGUGAAAUUAUUAGUUGGUCACCCAAGUGGGAUCAGCCAAAUAUAAACGAUAUUUUUGAUGUAGAUAUUCAACAUUUGGACGAUAAAAGCAUCUCUAAAGCCAAAUUGUUAGAUAUAGAAAAGGCUAGACUGAUGCUAACUAAUGAUCCUUAUUUUAAGUAG